AUGCUCCCUGCCCACACCUUCCAAGCCCCACAGCGGCUGAUGGGCCAGAAAGGGACACCACGCUCCCAGAUGGCUUCUGCCUUCCCCGACCUCCAGACGCAAUCUCCGGCCGAGCCGCGAGCUCGGUCGCCCCCGCGCGCCCGGGCGCAAGCUCUCUCCGCCCCGGCCGCCCUCCGGCUGGCUCCCUGCGCGCCCGGCAGCCGGAGCCCCGCCGAGCUGCCUGCCGGGCGCCGGGGCUCGCGCCCCUCGGCCAUGGGCUCCCGCGCCGCCCCCUGCACCCCCGUCGCCGGCGCGGCGCCCGGCCGCUUCAGCCUCCUCCUCCUGCUACCGCUGCUGCUGUUGCUGCUGCUCCGACCCGGGCACGCGUGCCCCGCGGGCUGCGCCUGCACCGACCCGCACACGGUGGACUGCCGCGACCGCGGGCUGCCCAGCGUACCCGAUCCCUUCCCGCUGGACGUACGCAAGCUGCUGGUGGCCGGCAACCGCAUCCAGCGGAUUCCCGAGGACUUCUUUAUCUUCUACGGAGACCUGGUCUACCUAGACUUCAGAAACAACUCGCUGCGCUCGCUGGAGGAGGGCACGUUCAGCGGCUCGGCCAAGCUCGCCUUCCUGGACCUCAGCUACAACAACCUGACCCAGCUGGACGCGGGGACCUUCCGCUCGGCUGGGCGACUCGUUAAGCUGAGCCUGGGCAACAAUCACCUGGUAGGCGUGCACGAGGCCGCCUUCGACACCCUGGAGUCGCUGCAGGUGCUCGAGCUUAACGAUAACCACCUGCGCAGCCUUAGCGUGGCCGCCCUGGACGCGCUGCCCGCGCUGCGCUCCCUGCGCCUGGACGGGAACCCCUGGCUGUGCGACUGCGACUUCGCCCACCUCUUUACCUGGAUCCAGGAGAACGCUUCCAAACUGCCCAAAGGUUUGGAUGCCAUCCAGUGCUCCCUGCCCAUGGAGAAUCGGAGGGUGUCACUGCGCGAGCUGUCGGAAGCCAGCUUCAGCGAGUGCAAGUUCAGCCUGUCGCUCACCGACCUGUUCAUCAUCAUCUUCUCGGGCGUGGCCGUCUCCGUUGCCGCCAUCAUCUCCAGCUUCUUCCUGGCCACGGUGGUGCAGUGUUUCCAGAGGUGUGCCCCCAACAAAGAUGCGGAGGACGACGAGGAGGACGAAGACGACUGAGCCGCCUCCCCCGCU